AUGUGGACUGUACAGAAAUACAAAUAUGUGAGUCCUCAUCAGGGAGAUAUGGAGACCAACUAUACACUCAUUUGGGAAGUUGAGUCAAUCUCUUUACUCGCCACUACCUUUGCCAUUGCCAACGCCAUCAACGUCGCCAUUUUCAUUGCCAUAAUGAUCACCAUCACCACAAUCAGCAUCACCACCAUCGCAAAUGCCAUCGUCAUCACCGUCGCCAUCGGCAUCGCCAUCACAAUCACCAUCAUCACCACGUCAUCGCCAUCGGACACCGACGAGGAGGACCAGAGGAUCACCUUCACGGUCCCCGGCACGACGUCGUCCACCAAGUACCACUCGAUGAGUCACACUUUCACGGACCUCGAGCCAGGGUCAGCCUACCACGCCCGUGUUGUGGCGAGGAACGAGUACGGACGAGGGGAAGCCAAUGAGUCUUUUGCCUUCACGACGUUAGAUUCUGCCGGCACAGACAGUCCCACAUACGCCCAACCGAGUGAGGAAGAAUCAGCCGAGGAAAAAAAAACAUUAGAAGACAACGUUUCAGAGGCGAUUGAAGACGUCGUUUCCAAAGAGAUCCAGAAGACGUCAGUAGCAGCCAGUGAAGCCCUAGUUAAUCAAACAAACUCAGAAGAUAUUUCAAGAAACGAAGUAUCUGUUGCAGAAAAAAACUGUGAUCCACGAUGACACAGCUGCGAAUGAACUGAGUCCAAAGGAUAGAAAGAUGCAGCUGAUGGCCCUCGUGACAGCAAUCAGCUUGUCAUCUUUUUUCUGAUAAUUUGCUAUGAGGU